GGGCUGGGCUUCCAUCAUGGCGGCGGCGGCAGCUUCCCGGUUGUGGCUGUGGGCUGCCCUGCUUGUCCCUGCAGCCGCGGUCUACGAAGACCAAGUGGGCAAAUUUGAUUGGAGACAGCAGUAUGUUGGGAAGCUCAAGUUUGCCUCCUUGGAGUUUUCUCCUGGAUCCAAGAAGUUGGUUGUGGCCACAGAGAAGAAUGUGAUUGCAGCAUUAAAUUCUCGGACUGGAGAGAUCUUGUGGCGCCAUGUUGACAAGGGCACGGCAGAGGGGGCUGUGGACGCCAUGCUGCUCUACGGACAGGACGCAAUCACUGUGUCCAACGGAGGCCGGAUCAUGCGUUCCUGGGAGACUAACAUCGGGGGCCUGAACUGGGAGAUUACCUUGGACAGUGGCAGUUUCCAGGCACUCGGGCUGGUGGGUCUGCAGGAGUCAGUGAGGUACAUUGCGGUCCUGAAGAAGACCACUCUUGCCCUCCAUCACCUCUCCAGUGGGCAUCUCAAGUGGGUGGAACAUCUCCCAGAAAGUGACAGCAUCCAUUACCAGAUGGUGUAUUCCUAUGGCUCUGGGGUGGUGUGGGCCCUCGGAGUUGUUCCCUUCAGCCAUGUGAACAUUGUCAAGUUUAAUGUGGAAGAUGGAGAGAUUGUUCAGCAGGUCAGGGUUUCGACUCCCUGGCUGCGAAGUCUCACCGGAGCGUGUGGUGUGGUGGACGAGGCUGUCCUGGUGUGCCCUGACCCGAGCUCACGCUCCCUCCACACCUUGGCCCUGGAGACGGAGUGGGAGUUGAGGCAGAUCCCCCUGCAGUCUCUUGACUUAGAAUUUGCAAGUGGAUUCCAACCUCGGGUCCUGCCCACACAGCCCAACCCUGUGGAUCCUUCUCGGGCCCAGUUCUUCCUGCAGUUGUCCCCAAGCCACUAUGCUCUGCUGUACUACCAUCACGGGGAGCUGAGUCUGCUCAAAAACUUCCCGCAGACUGCGCUAGUGAGUUUUGCCACCACCGGGGAGAAGACGGUGGCUGCAGUCAUGACCUGUCGGAAUGAAGCGCAGAAACCUGGCAGCUCUGAAGAUGGGUCAGUGGGGAGCUUUUCGGAGAAGCCAAGUCCACAGGACUCGCUGGUUUGCUUCAACCAGACCUACACCAUUAACCUUUACUUAGUGGAGACGGGUCGGCGGCUGCUCGACACUACGAUCACCUUCAGCCUGGAACAGAAGGGCACGCGGCCCGAGCGGCUGUACGUCCAGGUGUUCUUGAAGAAGGAUGACUCAGUGGGCUACCGGGCCUUGGUCCAGACAGAGGACCAUCUGCUACUUUUCCUGCAGCAGCUGGCAGGGAAGGUGGUGUUGUGGAGCCGUGAGGAGUCAUUGGCAGAGGUGGUGUGCCUCGAGAUGGUGGAUCUCCCCCUGACAGGGGCACAGGCUGAGCUGGAAGGAGAAUUUGGCAAGAAGGCAGCGAUUCAAGACGGCUUGCUGGGGAUGUUCCUGAAGCGCCUCUCCUCCCAGCUCAUCCUGCUACAGGCGUGGACGUCCCACCUCUGGAAAAUGUUUUAUGAUGCUCGGAAGCCCCGAAGUCAGGUUAAGAAUGAGAUCAACAUUGACACCCUGGCCAGGGAUGAAUUCAACCUCCAGAAGAUGAUGGUGAUGGUAACAGCCUCAGGCAAGCUUUUUGGCAUUGAGAGCAGCUCUGGCACCAUCCUGUGGAAACAGUAUCUGCCCAACGUCAAGCCAGACUCCUCCUUUAAACUGAUGGUCCAGAGGACUACGGCCCAUUUCCCGCACCCCCCGCAGUGUACCCUCCUGGUAAAGGACAAGGAGACGGGAAUGAGUUCCCUCUAUGUCUUCAAUCCCAUUUUUGGGAAGUGGAGUCAGGUGGCUCCCCCAGUGCUGAAGCGCCCCAUCUUGCAGUCGUUGCUUCUCCCCAUCAUGGAUCAAGACUAUGCCAAGGUGCUGCUGUUGAUAGAUGAUGAGUACAAGGUCACAGCUUUCCCAGCCACUCGAAAUGUAUUACGACAGCUACAUGAGCUCGCCCCUUCCAUCUUCUUCUAUUUGGUGGAUGCAGAACAGGGACGGCUAUGUGGUUAUCGACUUCGAAAGGAUCUCACCACUGAACUGAGCUGGGAGCUGACCGUCCCCCCGGAAGUGCAGCGCAUCGUGCAGGUGGAGGGGAAGCGCAGCAGUGAGCACGUUCACUCGCAGGGCCGCGUGAUGGGAGACCGCAGCGUGCUCUACAAGAGCCUGAACCCCAAUCUGCUGGCCGUGGUGACAGAGAGCACAGAUGUGCACCAUGAGCGCACCUUCAUCGGCAUCUUCCUUGUGGACGGUGUCACCGGGCGCAUUAUCCACUCGUCCGUGCAGAGGAAAGCCAAGGGCCCCGUGCACAUCGUGCACUCAGAGAACUGGGUGGUGUACCAGUACUGGAACACCAAGGCCCGGCGUAAUGAGUUUACUGCACUGGAGCUCUACGAGGGCACUGAGCAAUACAAUGCGACCGCCUUCAGCUCCCUGGACCGUCCCCAGCUUCCCCAGGUCCUCCAACAGUCCUACAUCUUCCCAUCCUCCAUCAGUGCCAUGGAAGCCACCAUCACGGAGCGGGGCAUCACCAGCCGACACCUGCUUAUUGGGCUGCCUUCUGGAGCAAUUCUUUCCCUCCCUAAGGCCUUGCUGGAUCCCCGCCGGCCAGAGAUCCCAACAGAACAAAGCAGGGAGGAGAACCUGAUCCCAUAUUCUCCAGAUGUACAGAUCCACGCAGAGCGAUUCAUCAACUACAACCAGACAGUUUCUCGAAUGCGAGGUAUCUACACCGCUCCCUCAGGCCUGGAGUCCACUUGUUUGGUUGUGGCCUAUGGUUUGGACAUUUACCAAACUCGAGUCUACCCAUCCAAACAGUUUGACGUCCUGAAGGAUGACUAUGACUAUGUGUUAAUCAGCAGUGUCCUCUUUGGCCUGGUUUUUGCCACCAUGAUCACUAAGAGACUGGCGCAGGUGAAACUCCUGAAUCGUGCCUGGCGGUGAAGCCCAAGAGCCACUGCCAGACGGCGGGGCCAUGGGGGCGGAGGGGCAGGUGGGAAGCUCCAGCUGCAGUUCGACAGGUUGGUGGAGGACGCACUGGGCACUCACCUCGGUUAAUGUCGUGGGGCCGAUGGACUCUCCUGGAGCCUCCUUUUGGGAUAUGUCUGAUGCAGAGUCAUCGGGAGACGCAGGCCGAGCUUACUCUCUGCGCCGAGUCUCAAGCAUCUUGAUGCACUUUCCCCUCAAGUCCAAAGGCCACUGCCCUGUUUCCUUUCUUUGCCGAUCUGUGAAUGUUGCUUUGUUUUUUUUUGUAAGACCUCCAACAGAUUUUUCUCUUUUGUGAGGCCUGUUCAAAUUGCUUUUGGUUGGCUGUUUCCCAGGUUUCUCUAGAAAUCUUUCGGACUGUUUCCCUGUCUCAUGCUUCAAAGUUGGAAGGGAGCUCUUAUCGACAACUCCACCUUAUAGGUGCACUUGCUGUUUUACGUUGGGGAGAAAGAAGAUCCAUCCUUAGCUGAGGUUUGAGGACUGAUCCAGCCGCUCAUGGCUUCUCUCCAAAGUACUUAGGGCUGAGGAAGCUAUAUAUGGUGUCAGACGUAUUUUAUCUAAGCCUCCAGUUUCACGCCCUCAUUCAUCAGGUCGGGCCACCCACCCUUCGGUGCAGUUUAUCAGCAGUCAACUGUGUAAUAGCGUGUUGGUUGGUAGGUCAUUGCCUAUACUAUUCACGCGAGAUGUGUCCAAGCUGAGACCUCGUUCAUACUACUGAAUUGUCUGAUCCUUGACCUCACCCACUGGCUGGUCUAGCCUUCUUAUAACCUCAUUAAAGAAAGUUGUCCUUGUUUAA